AUGGCUUUGACUUCGCCGCCCCGCGGCGUCAAUCCCGGUGAUCUUCUCCUCGUCGUUCAUGAUUUCGAUGCGCGGGGCUCGGAUGAACUCACCUUGCGACGUGGUGAGAAAAUCGAGCUGGUGGAAUUGGACGAUGGAUUCGGAGAUGGAUGGUAUCUAGGGAAAGAAUUGAAAGAUGGCACCGUCGGACUCUUUCCGGGAGUCUAUACCACGACGGCCCCCAAGAUUCCCACUCGUCCGCAGAAAGACACGCCGGAGACCGACGCCGCCCGGUUGGAAAGCGAAAAAGAGACGUCGGAUUAUCUGACCCCGAACGCGACCGAUCCAUUGAGCUCCCCCAAGAGCGGCGAGUCCACCCCUCACGUUUCUCGACACGCCAGCCUGUCCGACAUGCGGUCGUCCGACCAGGAGAGCGAGUCGCCCGCCCCUAGCUCGAACCCCUCACCGUCUCAACCGCAGCGGUCUAGCUCCUCCCCACUCCCUUCGUCCAAGCUCGCCCUGGACCUUCACCACACCCUCCGGCAAUCCAUUGAUGGCCACCUCAACGGCCAGACCAAAGACAGCCCCGUCAUGAAUGAGACGCUCAGCGUGAUCGAUGAGCACAUCACCGAUCUGAGCACCCCCCGCCACAGCAUGGCGAUCACGCAAGAGCCGAAGUCGAUCAACGAUUCGUCCAGCGAGUAUAGCAGCACCUUGGACCAUCGCAUGUCCUACAUCAACGGGCAAGAGACGGAUGAAGAGGAGGAAGGCCACCCCACGGAGGCCGAGGUGCGCCACUGGAGCCAGGCCUACACGGCCAAACACCUGCGCGAUCUAGGGGUCGACGGCAAGCAUUGUGAUAUUUUCGAGGAGCAGGAGAUCACCGGUGACGUGCUCCUGGAUAUGAAUCAGGAUUUCCUCUUCAUGAAGGAGUUCGAUUUCGGCGUCAUGGGCCGGCGACUGAAGACGUGGCACAAGAUCAAAGCCUUCCAGGAGGAGGUCAAGGGAACGAGCGUGACUCGACCCCGAAAGACGUCUCGCGGAUCCGCCUCCGGCUUCGCUACCCCCGAGGAGCGAACCCUGAGCCGGGCAGGCCACCCGGCCCCCUUCCUUCCCCGGAUCCCCAACUUGCGAGCCUCGUCAGGGUCCGCGCAACACCCGCGACUCGUCAGCAGCAGCAACAUGCCCAGCAACGCUAGCUCCCCCUUGACGCCGCAAACCCCCGGCUCCUGGAUGGACCAUUCUCGGCGGCCCUCGGCGGCGUCGAUCCGCGAAAUCAACCACUCGCGUCGACAUUCCUCGAUCGACGCCACGAAUCGACUGUCGGGUGCCGGCGACUCUCCGCCUCAGCCCAGCCAUCAGGGCAAGGGCUCCUUUGACCGCGCCUGGACUAUGUCCGGCGGUUCUCAGCGACGUCCCGGAACGGCCUUGGCCGCGACGAACGAUCCCAUUCUCCCGCAGCACGUGUUCCGCGGCGCAGAAUCGAACGGCUCGGACUCGGCCGUGGCCGUAUCGGACGACCUGGAUCGAGGCUAUUUCUCCGGGCCCGAGGGGGAUCCGCGGAAGACCAAACGGCUUCAGAAGCGCAACUCCAUUCGGACUGGAAGCUUCAAUUCCGGGCCCACCAGCCUGGCCGAUCUGAACGUCAAGAAGCGUCACUCGCGCAUUGGCAGCGCCGAUUCCAUUCGGGAUGCCAACCCGCGAGCGUCCGUCGCCCCCAAGCCGGCAGCCACCACGCCCCCGAAGAGCCGGAUCAGGAGCUUGAGCACUCGCCUCUCGGAGCGUCCAAGCCAGCAAGCAUCCCAGUCGGCCGGGGAAGAGAAGUCAACGGGGUCCGGCUUCUUUGCCUCGUUCGCCCCGCUCGUCAGCAGGCACGAUUCCGACCCGGUUCCUCGGUCGACCCCCGUGCCGCUUCAGCAGCAGCUCAAGAACGCGGGGCGCAAGUUCCCCCGGGCCGUUGGUCUACGUGCGAUGUCGGACGUUGUUGGCAAAGGUAUCGACACGUCGGUUCCUCCUGCCUCGCCCGUCCGCGACGCCGAUCCGUCCUCCGCGCGCACGGGGUCCACCACGCCGUCGACUUCCAAGAGCUCGGAGCGCCAUAGCACCGACGGGUCGAACAAGGCCGCCGAGGGAGGUAUUUCGCUGCCGCGCACGCGGACUGUGAAGUCCGGUGUGAAAUCAAAGAAGGAUACGAGUGCGUACACGCGGGGUCUGGAGAAGAAAACCCCGCAGGAGCAGAUGCAGGGGUGUGAGUUCUCCGGUUGGAUGAAGAAGCGUUCGUCCAACCUCAUGACCACGUGGAAACCACGUCUCUUUGUCCUGCGCGGCCGCCGAUUGUCCUAUUACUACUCGGAGAAUGACACCGAGGAACGUGGCCUGAUCGAUAUCACCGCCCACCGCGUGCUUCGUGCGGACAACGACCCGAUCGUCGCGCUGCAUGCGACCAUCACCGGGGCUACGGCUUCGCCCACCUCGCCGGCGAAUUCGACGGCCGGCGACCAUGCAUCAUCCGACAAAGCAUCCGGGUCCGAGUCUUCCUUGCGUGGUCCUAAGAACGGCGGGGAAGGGUCGUUCUUUUUCAAACUGGUUCCCCCCAAAACGGGCACCUCUCGGACGGUUCAAUUCACCAAGCCCGCGAUCCAUUACUUCCAGGUGGACAGCGCCAAAGAAGGCCGCUUGUGGAUGGCUGCAUUGAUGAAGGCAACCAUCGAGCGGGACAUGGAGAUCCCGGUCGAAACCACCAAUAAGCAACGCACCAUCAGUCUCAAGGAAGCCCGGUUGAUGAACCAACGACCCCCCGAGCUCAUGCCCCCGGGCCAGGCCGGGGAAGAGAAAGACGGGCCACCAACUCCGGCCGAGGAAGGGGGCGAGACUGUCGUGAACGGACUGGGCCUUGACGAAGCCUCUCAGCCGAAUGGCGACGAUGCGGAGGAGAAGAGAUCUUCAAACCCUCUGGGUGGCCUUGAUACCGGACCGUCUUCGCUGCUUCCCGAAUCUGUUGCCAAACCCGAGCACAAACUCAAUGCUGUCUUCCUCCGUCCGACCUCCAUGUUCCUUCGCCGGUUUCUUUGCCGCGUGCUCUCCGGCCUCCUCCCGCUGGCGAUAGCAGCCACCGUCUAUCUCUACCUCUAUCCGAUUUUCCAGGGCUGCGCAUUCCCUCUUCCUCAGCAUGACAGUUCCGAAAUCCUACCGAGCGGAUUCCUUUCGACCCUUCGACAACAUUUCUCCCCACAAUCCGAGUUCGAGUCCGUGAACCCGCCGGCAAUCUUCCGACUACUCGUUCUAGCCGACCCCCAGCUCGAAGGAGACAGCUCUCUCCCCAAGCCCGAGAAUAAGCUUCUCGCACGUAUCAAAGCCCACCGGUCUGCCGUGAAAUCUGCUAUCAAGCGUGCGCCGUCGCCUUCGCCUCUACAUCCUGACGUUUUCCGCGCCGUUCUCGCCGCGUUACGCUCCGUGGUCAUCGACGACAUCCCUCGCACCUUGGGAGCCGCGCGCAAACGUCUCGACCUACUCGGCAAUGACUACUAUCUGGCUCAUAUAUACCGUACCCUGCAUUGGUGGACUCGUCCGACGCAUGUCACCGUGCUGGGCGAUCUCAUCGGGAGCCAGUGGGUGACGGACGAGGAGUUCGACCGCCGCGGUGAUCGAUACUGGCACCGGGUGUUCAAAGGGGGUGAGCGAGUGAGCGAUGCGCUCACGGGCGCCGGUACAAAUGGGGAUCACCACGCUGCAGGCGCAGGCGAGAGCGACGGAGUGGUCGACUACUCGGCGGAGACGCUGCUGAAUGCCACCGACUCGACUUGGACGCAGCGGAUCAUCAACAUCGCAGGGAACCACGACAUCGGAUAUUCCGGGGAUGCCAGCGAGGCUCGAAUCGAGCGGUUCGAGCGCGUGUUUGGCCUUGCCAACUGGGACGUCCGAUUUCGCCAUCCGGCGCUGGCGCUGCAGGCGGAAGACGAGAGCCAUGACGACCCGCCCUCGACCGCUCCUUUCACACCGACUCUACACCUGAUCAAUCUGAACACGUUGACGCUCGACACACCGGCGUUUUCCACAGACGUGCAGACCCGCAGCUACGAAUACAUCAAUGAUCUCAUCACGCACCGCACGCAUCCCGUGGACGACCGCGCGACCUUCACCCUGCUGCUCACCCACCUGCCGUUGCAUAAGCGCGAAGGCGUCUGCACCGACGGACCGCAUUUCACGUUCCACGAAUCGGACGACGAGAACGGCCCCGACGACGUGCCUCGCUUCCUCGAGGGCGGGCUGCGCGAGCAGAACCAUCUCAGCGAGCACGUCAGCGCCAACGGCGUCCUGCAGGGCAUCUUCGGUAUGACGGGAGACGAAGGCGCCGCGGGAAGUGGAUGGGGUCGGAACGGUCUGAUCCUGACGGGCCACGAUCACACGGGCUGCGACGUGGUGCACUACGUCGAUCGAACGACGGAGGAUCCUACCGACCAGGAUACCGCCGAAGACGGCAGCCAGGAACAGACCCCGGCCUGGAAAUGGAACGCCCGACGAUACCACACUCCGAAGCAUCGCAAUGCCUCGGUCCCCGACUCCCCGUCCAUUCGAGAAGUCACGCUCCGUUCCAUGAUGGGCGAAUACGGCGGCAACGCGGGACUCCUUUCCGUCUGGUUCGACGCCGACCCUGCCGUCAACGAAUGGAAGUACGAAAUCACCAUGUGCAUGGCCGGCGUGCAGCACAUCUGGUGGGCGGUGCAUGUGAUCGACCUGGUGGCUGUGAUUCUGCUGAUCGUCUAUCUGGCGACGGGAUCCGGACCGGAAACGAAAAAGAUCCAAACGCCGGCGCAUGUUCCCGACAAGAAGGAAAUUAAAAAGGAGGAAGGACAGGAGAAAACGAAAUAA